GCCAUAGGCUGCGUUAAAACAGGGAACGGCACGGCGCUCGCUCAGCAUCCUUACGGCCGAGAGCCCCCAAAUCCGUGGCAGGGAAUAGGCCAAGACAACUCUUCAAGAAUGGCAACCCUCAACGCCACUCACUGGAACGAGACGACAUCCAUUUACCAGUACCUGGGCUUUCAAGUGCAAAAAAUCUACCCUUUUCACGAUAACUGGAACACUGCCUGCUUUGUUAUUCUGAUCAUAUUCAUCUUCACUGUGGUUUCUCUGGUGGUGCUGGCUUUCCUCUACGAAAUGCUAGACUGCUGCUGCUGUGUGAAAAAUAAAACUGUGAAAGACUUGGAGAAUGAACCCAACCCUGCUAGGGCAAUGCUGAACAGCUUCAGAAAGCGUGAAACGGAGGUGGUGUAGGAAAGGCUGACCAUCAGCACGUGGAGAUCAUUUAACACCUUGAACAAAACCACCUGUACCUUAUGGAUGAAUGAGUUACAUGCUUUCUUUUUUUUCCUUUUUUUUUUUUUUUGGACUUAAAUAGAAUGAUAACUGCUACUAUUACAUCUCCAGAUGCGAACUUAAGUAGUUAGCAAAGGCUUUCUGAGUGCUUAGCUGAAGGAUGAUCUGUUAGAUUGUUAUUGGGGAAGAAAAGUCAUUUGUUUUUAAAUGAAGUUUUGUUGUUCCUAUUGAGUUACUAGAGUAGAUCCUUGGCUACCUGAACAAACAGUGUUGCUUAACACGCAUAAAACUAGGUUGCUUAGCAGGAGAAAACACUUAGAAAAAUGCUCAACAAUCCAAUCCUACCCAGCACAAUGAUAGAGCACUGUCCUCCCACUGGGGUGAAUCACAAAGGGACAAGACAGACAUCAGGGAUUAGGGAAAAACAGAUGAAAGAGAAGGAUUUAAAGGCAAGAGACGCCAUGAGACAGGAGAGCCUCGUGUGAAUUUUUGCCUUCAGCAGUUGUUCUUACUAUGGGUUCAUCGCUUUAAGAAAAUAUGGUGGUAGGAGGAAAGCAAGCCAGGAUGAAAUUCAUCCUUAAAAUAGCCUUCCCUAACCUCCUGCGGUAUAAUUUGACCCCUUCUCCCUCCUUUCUCCCAUUCCAGAGAACCACGCUCCCCUUACUUCAUUUUCAACCUGUUUAAUGACUUCCGAGUGUUGAGGCAUGAGUACUGCACUACCUUAAGACUAUCUUACUGCUUCCACAAAAGCACACUAAAGUGGGAUCACAGCCUAGAAGAAGCAGGGUCAUCUUUCUGUCCCAAGGCUGCUGCCUCUACGCCGACUAUGACAUGACAAGGAAUCUGACAUAUUGAUGAUCUUAUUCCUAUCUCAUCUUCUCAAAGCUGAACUACAGCUGACAGAGUUCUUGCCAGAACACAGGCUGACAGACUGCAAUCUUCCCAGAGCAGUGACAGGAAUUUCUCCCAGCCAGCACGCCGUUCUCAGAUGUUGAGAUGCUUCACAAGGGAUGCCACCUCAUGAUAAGCCUAGCACAAGAGACAGUGGGAUGGAUGCACAGCAAGAUGCGACUUUGUUUUGCACAACUGAACUUCAGCUUGCUUCAUCAGCCUGCAGAUAUAUUCCAGAGUUCACCCUCUCAGCUCUCUCACAGCUGACCACGUAAAACUUGGGCUAUCAGCUUUUACCUCUAACUUACCACACCAUUCCCCUGUAUUGUGUUGCAUCUAUAGGUUUUCAAACAGUGAAGUUUUGUUUUUACAAAUUACAGCUGUAAUGGCAACAAUCAACAGCACAGCCUUCAGUACAGCCUGUUAAGUCUCUGUCUUGCUGCUGGACACAGAGAGAAACAGGCCAGUGGGAAACAUCCCAACCAGACUAAAGCUACAUGUGGGACAAGAUAUUUAAUUACAUAAGCAAAUGACACUCUUGACAUUAGAGAAACAAAACCUACUGAACAAAUGAGUAAGCUACUGAUCCUGCUGCCUUAUCCCCAUCAGAAAUACCUCAGUGCCAUCACCACUACCUUUAAUGUUUUUUCUUUUUUUCUUUUUUUUUUUAAAUACAUGAACUCCCACUCUCAGGGUUACUAUGCCUAAGCUCCAAAAGAUUUGGACACACACAUACACCAAAAGGCUCACCAAUUCAACUCAUGUUCUUCCUGGUCAGUAAGAUGGAAUAAGACCCAGGCCACUGCCAUCCAAAAAAUUCCAAUGGUUCAUCCAGAAAAGCCAUCUCCUUCCUUCAGUCACAAACUGACACUUCUGCCACUGCAAGCAUUCAUCUUCUACAGAGUUACUACUGUUAUGCCUUGCCAGUACCAGCCCCACGUGCAGAAAAUGCUCUUAACUAAAACCGAACUAUAAGCACAACCAAUGGAAGCUAACGUCCCAAGUAUAAGACAAUUGAGGAUACACAACAAGACACGUGAAGAUGACAAUGUCAGUGCUGCCUUCUGGACUGAGGAGACAUCUCGUUACCUACUACCAUAUUUCAGUCAGUCCUGAAACACUGGCAUCGUGCACAGGAGAAGGCAGCACGUGGGAAGUAACACUAGCUUCUGUGACACUGGAAUUGUGUUCUCACACCUUCCUGAGAAGCACACACAACAGAAAAGUCUUGGGACUCUCCAGCUACUGAUUUCAUGGGUCUAUAUAGGAGGCAGCGAACAAGGAACUGAGAAGAAAGAUCUCCCCUUGCGCAGCUCCAGAGCCUCAGGAGAAUUCUUCUCCUCACAUAAAGCAAAGCUCUGAAAAAGCUCCCAGAGAUUUCAGCUGACCAAGACCACCGAGACAAAGAUUUCAAGAUAAAGACUUCCUAUUGAUCAAUAAAAAGAAAUCAAAAGAUGUGA